AUGAUACCACGGAGAAGAGACAUGGGGGUUUGGCACGGUUGCAUAUUGCAUCAAAUAUUGAUUAGCUACUUCACCGCGGAGGUGUCGACCGCCGAUCAACGGUGGUUCCAAUUGAGCUACAAGCCGACGCUGGAAACUUUUGUCCAUCUAUCUCCUUUGCGAUCACAGCAUUCCUCUUCAAACAUGUCAGACAAGCCGAGCACUCCGGCUGCCGAAAAUGUGGCGGGUGCAAGCUCCAAUCCAGCGACCGCUGGCAAUGGCGGGAACAGUGGUGCUUCUAGUGCAGCGCCCAAGAAGCCGCUGCCAGAGCAGAACCCGGCAUUUAAGAUGAUGGGUCUACCGAGAUUCCGCUUGCCAUCACGAAAUUGGUUAAUCUUCUGGUCUGUCAUUGGGUCCUUCGCGGGCGCGGUAGUAUACGACAGAUGGCAGACCAAGCGCAUGCGAGAAAAGUGGUGCAACAUGGUCGCGCACAUCGCGAAAGAGCCCCUGGACACCAAGACGACACCUCGAAAAGUCACCAUCUACCUAGAAGCACCACCAGGAGAUGGACUGAGGAGUGCACGCGAACACUUCCACACAUACAUCAAACCAGUACUGGUAUCGGCAGCGCUGGACUGGGAUGUCGUGGAGGGUCGCAAGGAGGGCGAUGUGCGGCACAAGACGGCGGAGAGGAUCAGGAAGAGGCGGAAGAGGAACGGUGAGGGUGCGCCUGCGCCUGAGGGCGAGGAAGAGGCGUAUACUGUUGAGUCGAUAAGGGAGAAAAAUGGUGACGUGGAUUACCCUGGUGUCGCUGGAGACAUUGUGAUAGGGAGACAUACGUGGAAGGAGUAUAUCAGGGGUGUGCAUGAGGGAUAUCUUGGUCCGCCGGAUAUGCCCAAACACAUGGAGGCUUGGGAAACACCAGGAUGGGAUAUGGAUAGGAACGCUUCUGCACAGACACCAUCGCACGAUGAUGCUGGCAAGGCGGUUUCGGACAGUACUGCGCAGACUUCGACUUCGACUUCGACUUCAGAGUUCGCCGCUGAUGCGCAACCUGCUGACGGUGCGCCGGCAAAUGCAGACACGAAUGGUGUGGAGUCUUUGGAGAAGUUGACGACAGAGACGGAAGAGACGCAAGAGACAGACGAAGACAAGAAGAAGCAAGAGGAGGCAAAGAAGAAAGAGGCAGAGAAGCCAAAAAGACGCUUCCCGCCUUCCUACAUCCUCCCUGAUGAGUACGAGACAGCGAGCCUAUCACCUUCGACGCCUGAGAUCAUUGGCCCAUCAGUAGGCGUGCAACUCCCGCAUCUCCUGGGAUUCCGCAACACGCCCAUCCGCAUAUACCGCUUCCUCACGAGACGGCGGACACAAGACGACAUUGGCCGGCAAGUAGCGACUGCCAUACUUGCUUCACACAGACCGUACGAUACAGUCGCUGCCAACGAUCAGAAUAGCGCCUCCGCUGCGGCGCGCGAGAUACAUGAGCAGGAUCAGGUUCUGGACCACGAGGAGAGGGACUGGUGGAAGACUGUUCGCCAACCCCGGAAAGAGCAUGAAGAGGAUAUAUGGCUUCAGCCCAUGGUUUUGGACGAGCGCAUUGCCAGCCGGAUGCGAGCUUUCCGGUUGACAGCAGAAGAUGAAGACCGUGCGAAGAGGAUCGAGUCUGGAGCCGAGAAGGUGGCGACGGACAGCGAGGAUAGCGAUUGA